AGCACGAGCGACACGGUGUGUUUGGGAUGCAUUUGCGAAACGAGAAGCGGGUACAAAAUGUAUCAUGUAUUCUUCUCCGUUUAAAAAUAGCGUUCGCACUCGAUAAAACAGCUAUGUGUUAAGUCUUUUUAGCUCAGGUUUUUUGCAACAGGGUUUUUAUAUUUUUCGUCUAUUUUGCAGCAGGAGUUUACAGAUUGAUUCACGUCCCCAAAUAGGGCAAAACUCUAAUGUUUUCGUAAAUGUUUUAUACACGUUUAGUGUUUUUCGACCGAAGCCGUGCCAGCCGGGUUUUAUUCCUUUUACUCGAAGAAAUAGAUCUCACGGAUGGACGCGUAUUUUCGUGGAUAUGUGGGAUGUCGGAGCUUCAAACAUCUGGAUGAGAGAAGGAUGUGUAUCUGAAUCUAAGCGUAUAAUGAUGUGACUGAUGCCGCAUCAUAUAUUUAAAAAAAGCCACAGAGGAGAAUCAAGGCUCUGCCCCCAUGCUGAGAUGUGUGCUAGUGAACUAUCCGAGAGGCUGAGCAUGCUCUCUUUACCAUGUAAAUGCAAAAAGAAGCAUGUUUUAUUCCUCCACUAGUCCACCUGUGGCUUCAGGGCAGCCUAGCGCCACCCUGUACCUCGUGCCCAAGGUGCUGACCCAGCCACGGACAAUUACAAGAGCCAUGGACAAUUCAUCGGCAAAAGUCAAUGGUUCGCUAGAGCUCCGGACGCUAUCGGAAUAUGUCACGCCUUCAACCGGUUGGCAGGACCCUGUUCAGGGCCUGAACCUGCCCCUCCAGGUGUUCUUUGGCUUGGUCAUCAUCUGCGUGCUGCUGCUGGCCUUCCUCGGAAACAUGGUGGUCUGCCUCAUGGUUUACCAGAGAGCCGCUAUGCGUUCCGCUAUUAACAUCUUGCUGGCCAGCCUCGCCUUUGCCGAUAUGAUGUUAGCGGUCCUCAACAUGCCCUUUGCGCUAGUCACAAUGGUUACCACGCGCUGGAUCUUCGGAGAGGCAUUUUGUCGCAUUUCGGCCAUGUUUUUCUGGAUGUUCCUGAUGGAGGGAGUGGCUAUUUUGAUGAUCAUAAGCGUGGACCGCUUCCUAAUCAUCGUGCAAAAGCAGGACAAACUCAGUCCACGCAGGGCCAAAUUGUUGAUUGCGGUCUCAUGGUCUCUGUCUUUCUGCUUUUCCUUCCCUCUUUCCAUUGGCCAUCCAGCCCUGUACAUUCCUCCCAGAGCACCGCAGUGUGUUUUUGGCUACACGGUUGAGCGUAGCGACCACACUUACGUGAUGCUCAUCAUGCUGGUGUUCUUCUUUGUACCAUUCCUGGUGAUGCUCUACACGUUCAUGGGCAUCUUGAGUACGCUCAGGCACAAUGCGCUGCGCAUCCACUCCCACCCUGACUCAGUGUGCCUCAGCCAGGCCAGCAAGCUGGGUCUGAUGAGUCUGCAGAGGCCCUUUCAGAUGAACGUUGACAUGAGCUUCAAAACACGUGCCUUCACUACGAUCCUCAUUCUGUUCUCAGUCUUCACUGCAUGCUGGGCUCCAUUCGCUACGUACAGCUUGUUGUCCACCUUCAGUCAUGCCUUCUACUACCGGCAGAACUUUUUUGAGAUCAGCACAUGGUUGCUGUGGAUCUGCUACCUCAAGUCAGCCCUAAAUCCUCUCAUCUACUACUGGAGAAUCAAGAAGUUCCGUGACGCCUGCCUUGACCUGAUGCCCAAGUACUUCAAGUUCCUGCCACAACUGCCUGGCCACACCAAGAGACGUAUCCGUCCCAGUGCUGUUUAUGUGUGUGGGGAGCAUCGAUCUGUGGUGUAGUUGAAGAUGCUUCAGAAGCUUCUUUUGUAAUUCUUACGGUAGAGUCUUAUCAAGCUGUGAUAUGGUUGGUCAUUCUUCGAACCACAGGAUGUUUUCUACCUGGUCUCAUGGCAUUAACCUACCUUGGUGCACUUUUUAGCGAGCCACAAAAUACGUAACAAUAAGUUCAUCGCUGCAGUUUCCAAAAGAAAUUAACGCUAGAGGCAGUAAAACUCUUAGGUCUUUUAUUCCUUUUCACACAGAUUUCCACAGUUUUGAUUAAUAAAACAUGAUUUUUGCACAAAUGUUAUGACUUAAUAUUAAUAUGCUGGGACAUUUGAAAACUGGUGCUUUUGAACGUUAGCAUCACACAUAUUCAGCUUUACACUCCAGUUCGAAUCCCAUGUAAAACUGUUUUACAAAAGUAUAAAUCUGUGUAAAAGGCAGUUGAAAUGGCAUGGUUGCAUCAACAAAUGCUUUUUGAUAUCAGUUUUGCAUUUGUUAACGCUAUCAGGUAGGUUUAUGGUUUGAUGAUCGAGUAUGUGUAACUAAAGCGACAUAUUAAAAACACAGCAAUACUUAUGUAACAUAAUAAAAAUGUGCCAGGGUCAUGUAUUAAACCUGUGUUUUAGUGUCACUUAGUGGAAAUUUCUCUUUGAAACUGCUGCAAACAUGCAGUAAGAUAAGUGUUGCACAAAAAGUGCACAGAGGUACAUAUUUUUUUAUGAGACCAGGUUGGAUGUAAAAGAUUAGCUGUAAAAGAUUGUACAGAUGAGACGGUUUACAGAGCCUGUACAUUAAACUACUUUAAUUGCACAAUGUUUUUUUUUAGGAUUUAGAUUGUAAUAGAAGUUUGUUCAAUCAGUCAGGUGCUGCUAUAUUUGGUGAAAAUGUGCAAUCUUCUGUUUUAUGCCUUGAAUGUAAAUCGAUUUUGUGUGCUGUAUAUGUUUUGGUUUGUAUUGUUUUGUUUUGUUUUUUCUUGACUUUGUGAUUCUGUUUUAAAUUUAACCAUUUUCUAUUUAAUUUGGUUGAUUGCUCGGCUAUUCUGUUUUAAUGAUUUUUUUUUUUUUUUGUGGAAAAAAGGACAGGCAUUUGACAAAGGUAUAAGCAUGUUCCAAACUGAUCAGUAGAUGAUUUUGUGGAAAUACAUGAUUUUUAAUGUGAAUUUUAAAAUUGUGAUUUCCAUGACUUGAAGCGAAUAAAAUCAUGGAAAUGAAUAAAAUUAAAUCUCAUGGAA